AUGGUCAAGGCUUCCAUCGUCGGCGCCAUGGUCCUCGCCGGCCUGGCCUCCGCUCAGCAGGCCGUCUGGGGACAGUGCGGUGGCAUCAACUGGACUGGUCCUACCACCUGUGCUGCUGGCUCCUACUGCAUCCACUACAAUGACUGGUACUUCCAGUGCAUUCCUGGCAACGACCCCAACGCCCCCUCCUCCACCACCCUCAAGACCAGCACCACUGCUCCUCCCAAGUCGAGCAGCACCACCGCUCCCCUUCGACGACCACCACCACCACCCGUCCCCGACCAGCACCUCCUCCGCCCCCGGUGA